AUGCCCGAAACAUCUCCUGUCGUUCUUAUUCGCGGCGCGGGGCCAAAGGCAGGCAUACCAGCCGCUAAGGCCUUUGCCUCCAAAGGCUACAAGGUUGCCCUCGCAGCCCGGUCACUAGACGAGGCAGACAGCACAGACGAUCAACUCCGCAUCAAAAGCGACUUCGCCAACCCUGAUGAUGUUGUCAGAGCCUUUUCAAAUUUCAAAGGUUUCACGGCCGGCGCCGCAACGUUCUCUCCCCCAGGUGACCCCUUUGCUAUAUCAUUAGAUUCUUUCCAGCGAGACAUGACCGUCAACAACACCAGUGACUUUGUCGCAUGCCAACAGGCUGUCCUCGGCUUCGCGGAUCUGCCUGCCGAUGGGCCGAGGACAUUCUUCUUUACUGGGAAUAUCCUCAACGUUACAGCCAUCCCGCAGUUCCUGGAGUCGGGCGCUGGCAAGUCGGCGUCUGCGCACAUGAUGAUGGCUGCUGCCACUGAAUACAAAGAGAAGGGAUUCAAGUAUGCCCUCAUCACCUUGCUUUGGCGGCUACGUAAGCGUGACUAA